AUGAAUCUUAGUUUAGGGAUAUCAAACCAAGACGCUCGAUGGAAUUCUACCCAAGGUUUGGAACAUAACCCGACUCCACCACGACAAAAGUCACAACGGAAGAAACGCCCGGCUACACCGCGUCGCAAAGGAAGGAAGAAAAGUGGGAUGGAUGCUUCUGUGAUAGUUGCCGAGGACUCGAAGAGCUCGACCGAAAAUUCACUACCGACGAAUAACACCACAGCACAGGCAAAUAAGGAAGGAGGACCGCCUGUGGAGUCCCUGCCGUCCGCCGCAUCGGAGACCUCGGAGGGAUGGACGAAAAUGGGGAGUGCUGCCAAACGCAAUGUCCCUCAGCGUAACCAGUGCUUUCUAGCACUAAACCUACCUGAGGCCCCAGCGGGGUCUGGACAGGAGAGACUCAAUCACGAUCUCCUCCUGUUGAGAUCCAUUCUUGAGAAAGUAUUCAAGGGUGAAGAAAACGUAGCCAAUGAUAUCAAAAUGAAGGCAGCAUUUCGCCUGGGUAAAGUAAAGAACAGUGGCCUUCCUCGCCCCCUGAAGGUGGUCCUCGGAGCCAAGACUCAAACCGAGGAGGUGUUCCGCCGAUCAUGCCGUCUGAAAGGCGACCCGGUGCGACUGUUGUGUGAUCUG